AGAUCCGUUUGAUCAUUGACCCAACUAUAAUAACUGUAAUAAGCUGUUUGAUCUGCUUGAUCUGCACUUAAUCCGCUUGAUCUGCUUUGAUCUGCACUUGAUCUUCACUUGAUCCUUUUGAUCUGUUUGAUAUGCAUCGCUUGAACUGGCUUUUAGUAUUGGAACGCUAAGAAAGAUGCUUUUAGUAUUGUAACGCUAAGAAAGAUCUUUUCCCGAAUAAUUAAUGUUAACUGCAUCCCUUCUCUCUCUCCGACUCUCCCUCUAUAAAAAACAAUCUUUGAGACAAUGCUCCCUUCAAGUCUCUAUUGUGUAACAGAACAUCAAAGCUUUAUUAUUUUAUUUUUUUUGCUAAAAGCUUUAUUUUAUUUGGUUCUCUGUUCUUAAAGUUCAAGAGUUAUGGUGAGAGUCUUUCUUCUAUACAAUCUCUUAAACUCAUUUCUACUCUGUUUGGUUCCCAAGAAGCUUAGAGUUCUCUUCCCUCCUUCUUGGUACACCGACGACAAGAUCACACCACCGUCUGAAUCGGAAUGCUCUUUGAGAACAGACCCGGUGGAUCUAAAAAGAGUGUUUCAGAUGUUUGACAAGAACGGGGACGGCCGCAUAACAAAGGAAGAGCUAAAUGAUUCUUUAGAGAAUCUAGGAAUCUUCAUGCCAGACAAAGAUCUGAUCCAGAUGAUCCAAAAGAUGGAUGCAAAUGGAGAUGGCUGUGUAGACAUAAACGAGUUUGAGUCUCUUUACGGUUCGAUAGUUGAAGAGAAAGAGGAAGAGGAUAUGAGAGAUGCGUUCAAUGUGUUUGAUCAAGACGGUGAUGGGUUUAUUAGUGUUGAAGAAUUAAAGUCCGUGAUGGCUUCCUUGGGACUCAAGCAAGGUAAAACUCUAAAGUGUUGUAAAGAGAUGAUUACUCAAGUGGACGAAGAUGGUGAUGGUAGAGUUAAUUACAAGGAGUUUCUUCAGAUGAUGAAAUCUGGUGGAUUUAGCAAUAGCUCAUCCUCAGAUUAAAGCUGAUUUGAUCCUUUUCUUACUCUGUAAAUAAUUUCAUUUUAUGUUUUUGUAUUAAUCUUGAACUGAAUUGUUAAAAAAUUAAGCAAUCUUGGUUUUUUUUCUUA